AUGGCGGCACUAGACCUCCAGGUAGUGCGUGUCUACAAGGAGCUAGUUGACCGUCUGUUGAAGCGCGCAGCAGAGGUCAAAGCUGACUCGCAGAUCGAGCCACCGCUGACUGAAGGGAUCCUGGGAGAGUCAAUCUGGAAGCUUUCUGCUGAAGACGACGAGGCAGUCAGUCAUUUCAACUCACAGACUCGUUUCGCUGCUGUGGAGAUCGCCUUUCGCGAAAAAUUCUAUCGCAUUCUGGCUUCGACUCCGAUUCACGAUUCGACAUUUAUCCAGAUCUGGAACUUACUGGAUAUCGUCUCCAUCUUCUCGGACAAUGAACAAUGUGAACCUGGCUUGAUUUUCUGGCUGAUCGAAGAGCUUCUCGACAGUCAAACAAUCGACGGAUGUCGAAAGGUUUUUGACUACCUAGAAUCGCGCCGGGAGCGUAAUAUCAAGAAACAUUUCAAGCAAAAAAGUCUCGUCAUUCUCCGCUCGUGCAACGAGCUUCUUCGACGGCUGUCUCGCGCGGAAGACACGGUGUUCUGCGGUCGUGUUUUCAUCUUCCUGUUCCAGAGCUUCCCACUAGGCGACAAGAGCUCAGUCAACCUGCGGGGCGAGUUCCACACCGAGAACGUGACUACGUUCGACGAUGUUGUAAAGCCGUCGCCCGAGGCCGAGGAAGACACUGUCAUGGCAGAUGAGAACGACAAUGCUUCGCCUACGGAAACCGAUGCCGGUCCAGGGGACCAACCAGAUGGGCCUUCACCAAUCCCGAAAGUGGUCUUCAGCGAGGAGAAGAGCGGAAUGAAUGGUCAGAUGAAGGGGAAAGUUGACUUGGAUGCCCUCUAUCCAGUUUUCUGGAGUCUUCAAGCAUACUUUUCUUCCCCCAGCCAAUUGUUCGAUUCCGAGCGAUUCGCUGCCUUCAAAUCCGGUCUGGAAGCUACCGUUGCCGCAUUUAAAAACAUGAAGACUGAGUUGGAGAACAAAGCCGGGUCAAGGUCUUCCGAGGAGGCUCGCAAGUCUCACAGGCGGAAACGUGUCGCUGAAGACGCCGAAGUUGGCAUCAGCUUCAAUCCGAAAUACCUGACUAGCCGGGAUCUCUUUGACCUUGAAGUGAGCGACACGGCAUUCAGAAGGCAUGUCCUGGUACAAGCACUCAUCCUCAUUGACUUUAUGCUAUCCCUCACACCCAAAGCCAAGUCUCGAUUGGUCGAUGCGACCAACAAGUCUGUGCUGUACGGCUUUGAUAUGAAUGAAGAAGACGCCAAAUGGGCAGCCGACAUGCGCAAGAGUAUUGAGGGAUAUUUACGCCAGGGCGAUGGUGGAAACUUUUAUUUCCGAAUGGUAGAUACGGUCUUAUCCAGAGAUAAAAAUUGGGUCCGUUGGAAGGCCGAGGGGUGUCCACCCAUUGAGCGGCCGGCUGUCUCGGUGUCCGACUACAUGAGCGCCCGCGAGCAUGCCACGAAAGCAUAUGCAAACAAGCGGAUUCGUCCGUCCCCCAUGGGGUCACUUGACUUGAAAUUCCUAUCUGACAGUGAGGCCCUCGCCAAUAUUGAGCGGCUGAAGGAAUCUGAUAGAGUCACCAUCCCAUCCGCAGACUCUCUGAUGAUGGGCAUCAUGGACGAUGAGAUGGACAUCGACACCGCGCAGACCCCAGACGACAAGGCCCUUGCGGAAAAGGCCAAAUCAAGCAAGACGUGGCGUCUUCUCCGUCUGUCCGUGAAGACCAAACUCGGCCGCUUCGACAAAUUCAAAGAUGGAGAGAAUUUGAAUGCCCUUUUCGAGACACCCGAGGCACCAUCAGAGACCCCGCAGCCGGUCGAAGGAAGCCAACCACCAGAGGAGAAGACUGUCCCGACACUUACGCCUUCUAUCGAGGCUCCCUCUGGUGGUGGUGGUGACGAAGUGAAAGUAGAAGAGGCUAGGGAGGGUUCUGGUCCUGUCACGGUUGAAAGUGCCACCACCAUCGCAGACGCCAAUCAGCUGAAUGAUGUUCCCUCCGAGCCAGCCCCUGUUCCAGAGACGACGACUGUGCUCGCUGAGGGCAACUCGACCGAUUCACCCGGGCCAGCUGCGACCACUGGGACGGCUCCCGAGAAAACUACAGAAGAGGAGCCAACAACAGCCACCUAG